GUAUCACAUAAAAUGUAGUUAUUAUACCGCUAUACUUAAAUAUUUAAACGUGUUCAAUACUUCGGAAACCCAAAUGUCACUGUUAGCUAAUCGGACAUUUCCGUCGUUUUAACCGGAUAUUUACGAAGUCGCCAUUUAUGUAAACUACAGUGACGCCGUUCUGGUCCAGGAGGCCACAUAGCGACAAGCGUCAUGCAGCGUUUGCCGGUCGUUAGCCGAACCCUGGCUGGGGUAGCCCAGUCCAAGAGCUGCUUGCCAGUCACCAAUAAUGCAGUUCGCACAGCUGCCACGGCUGCCGCGGCUGCCAGUAACCUGGUGGAGGUGUUUGUUGAUGGGAAGCCUGUCAUGGUGGAGCCAGGAACUACAGUACUGCAGGCAUGUGAGAAGGUUGGGGUGCAGAUACCUCGCUUCUGUUACCACGAGCGUCUGUCUGUGGCUGGGAACUGCCGCAUGUGUCUGGUGGAGAUUGAGAGAGCACCAAAGCCGGUGGCUGCAUGUGCCAUGCCUGUGAUGAAAGGCUGGAACAUCCUGACCAAUUCUGAAAAAACAAGGAAAGCCAGGGAGGGUGUGAUGGAAUUCUUGCUGGCCAAUCACCCUCUGGACUGCCCAAUCUGUGACCAGGGUGGAGAGUGCGAUCUGCAGGACCAAUCCAUGAUGUUCGGCAGCGACAGGAGCCGCUUCACUGAGGGGAAGAGAGCCGUGGAGGACAAGAACAUCGGCCCGCUCAUCAAGACCAUCAUGACACGCUGCAUCCAGUGUACCCGCUGCAUCCGCUUUGCCAGCGAGAUCGCGGGCGUGGAAGACCUAGGCACCACCGGCAGGGGCAACGACAUGCAGGUGGGCACCUACGUGGAGAAGAUGUUUAUGUCCGAGCUGUCGGGCAACGUCAUCGACAUCUGCCCCGUGGGAGCGCUGACCUCCAAGCCCUACGCCUUCACCUCCCGCCCCUGGGAGACCAGGAAGACGGAGUCCAUCGACGUGCUGGAUGCCGUGGGCAGCAACAUCGUGGUGAGCACCAGGGGCGGAGAGGUCAUGAGGGUUCUGCCACGCCUCAACGAGGAUGUGAACGAGGAGUGGAUCUCCGACAAGACCCGCUUUGCGUACGACGGCCUGAAACGGCAGCGUCUCACGCAGCCCAUGGUGAAAAACGCCUCCGGACAACUGGUGCCCACUUCCUGGGAAGACGUCCUGACACGAGUCGCUGGAGCGCUCCAGGGGGCACAGGGGGACGAUGUGGCGGCCAUUGCCGGGGGGCUGGUGGAUGCUGAGGCCCUGAUUGCCCUGAAGGAUCUGAUGAAUCGCCUGAACAGCGACAACCUGUGCACUGAGGAGGUCUUCCCCAUGUCCGGAGCUGGUACUGAUCUACGCUCCAACUACCUGCUGAACUCCCGCAUCACCGGCAUUGAAGAAGCUGACCUGGUCCUUCUGAUUGGCACCAACCCACGCUAUGAGGCGCCGCUCUUCAACGCUCGUAUCAGGAAGAGCUGGCUCCACAAUGAACUGCAGGUGGCACUGGUGGGCCACCAGGUGGACCUGAGCUACACCUACGACCAUCUUGGGGAAUCUGGGCAGGUGUUGCAGGAAAUUGCAACUGGGACACACCCCUUCUGUGAGGUGCUAGCCAAGGCGAAGCGCCCAGUGGUGGUCGUAGGAAGUGCGUGUCUGCAGCGAGAGGAUGGCCCUGCCAUACACGCCAUGGUGUCCACCAUCGCCCAGAAUGCCCGAGUCACCAGCGGCGUGGAGGACGGCUGGAAGGUUCUCAAUGUCCUUCACAGGGUGGCCAGCCAGGUGGCGGCGCUGGAUCUGGGCUACAAGGCUGGAGUGGAAACCAUCAGAAAGAACCCGCCCAAAGUGCUCUUCCUGCUGGGGGCGGAUGCUGGCUGCGUCUCCCGACAGGACCUGCAGAAGGACAGCCUGAUCAUCUAUCAAGGGCACCAUGGAGACCUGGGAGCGCCCACGGCCGAUAUCAUUCUCCCUGGGGCUGCAUACACAGAGAAGUGUGGCACCUACGUGAACACUGAGGGCCGCGCCCAGCAGACCAGGGUGGCGGUGACUGCCCCAGGCAUGGCCAGGGAGGACUGGAAGAUUUUAAGAGCCAUCUCGGAGCUGGCUGGUGUGAUGCUUCCCUAUGACACGGUGGAUGAGGUGCGUGACAGAUUGGCUGAGGUGGCGCCCAAUCUGGUGCGCUAUGAUGACGUCGAGGACGCCAACUACUUCAAGCAGGCCAACGAGCUGGGCAAGACUGUCGACCAAACACUCUUAGCAGACCCUCUGAUCCCUCCGCAGCUCACAGUGAAAGACUUCUACAUGACAGAUCCCAUCAGCAGAGCCUCCCAGACCAUGGCCAAGUGCGUGAAGGCAGUGACCGAAGGCGCACAGGCAGUGGAUGAGCCGUCUAUCUGCUGAAGUCCUAUCCGUAUAUAUCCACAGAUGGGCCAAUUGCUAGUAACGCACAACUUGGUGUGACAAGACACCUAGCCUCCUUUCACCUGUAGAAGGAAAUCCAAAGAAGUGUAUGACCGUGUACCUCCUUCUAGUCUCACCCAAACCUGAUGCCAGCAGUACAGAUGAAUCACAUGAAUUUUUCCCUCGUAUGUUUUAGCACACUCCUGACAGUGUUGUAAAAUGCUACUUCCACGUUGAGGAUUCAAAGAGCAGAUUUGUAGGAGAAAGGUUCAGAUGUAUUAAGAAAAAAAAAAACAGUGGAACUUACUGCAAGACGCUUUGCCAUUUUAUUGAGAGCACUUAAAUGCACAGACUCCUUCAACAUCAUUAAGCCUCUUUAAAUGUUUGGCUUUGCAAUGCUAUGUUGAUAGUGAAUGAAUGACAAUGACUUACUUUUGGUUACAGCUUAUUUAUGGCUCCAAAGAAGAGAGAACACAGUGAACUGGGUGUUUGCAAUUUCUUGAUUGGGUGGCUGCUUUGUAUUAAAGAGUUGUAUAUUGUAUGUAGAUGACUGUAUAUUUAAUGAACAAAUGAAGCGGACCGCUCUGGAAGUGCUAUUAUUUCAAUUACUUGUCCAGCCAUAUUUAGACAUUAAUAAACCAA